AUGGAGCUGGUGUACCGAUCCAGCAGCGUGUCUGCCUUCUUUCUGUCUGGGACGUACGAUUUCAAGACUUUCAGGUCCUCGGACCCAGAUGCACCGUUUUGGAAUAAUGACGAACUGAAGAUGUUGGUGUACACCGGGCCGUAUCUCAUGCUGGGAGUUAUGUUUUUGAAUGUGUCCGGUCCAUUGUCUGUGUUUUGUUUUGACGGCCAAAAAGCCUUUGGCACUAUUGACGAUUGGGAACAGCUGGACUUGGGUGGAGUAUUUUCUGGUUUUGUUUCGGCCAGACUGGCCGUCUUUGAGUGA